CGUUCCAUGAACUUCCAAUUAUGGUUGGUUAUCAAAAAUGGGGAAGAGGUGCCGAUGAAGAAUGUCGAGGACAAAUUGAUCCCCAAGACCGAAGAUGAAUUUGAUGCGGAGGACAUCAAAAAGGUCGAGAAUUAUGCAAAGGCAAUAAACAUGCUUUAUUGUGCCGUAAAUCCUAAUGACUAGUGCAAAAUCUCUUGCUGCUCAAUCGCCAAGGAGAUGUGGGAUAAACUUGAGGUGACGUACGAAGGAACGGACCAAGUACGUGAAGCCAAGAUCGACUUCCUCACCCAAGAGUAUGAGAUGUUUAGAAUGAAGGAGCACGAAAACAUCGAUGACAUGUUCGACCGAUUCUCUAAGAUAGUCAAUGAUCUUCAUGCUUUGAAGAAGACCUACACCGACAGGGAUCUUGUGCGAAAGAUCCUACGGAGCUUGACAUCCGAAUGGCGAUCUAAGGCCGAUGCCAUAUAUGACUCAAUCGGCACAUCAAAUGUCACCAUCGACGGUUUAAGAGGUAACUUAAAAACGUAUGAAUCUACUAUACUUAACCCGUCUUUGAAUGACCAGAGAAAAGGCAUAGCAUUAAAAGCCUCCAAAGAACCGACAAUGAAUGACUCAAGCGAUGAUGAUGAAGUCAAGCUUGUCAUGAAGAAGUUUUGCAAACUUCUAAGAAAGAAAGAAAAGGUUGAGGAUGGCCCUGUGUGCUAUGGAUGUGGUGAAGCCGGGCACAUCAAGAACAAAUGCCUGAGAAACGGAAGGAACACUCGCCACUUCAAAAAGCAAAGGGCAUAUAUCUCUUGGGGUGGCGACUCCGGCGACGAGUCAACCGACCAAGACGAGGAUGAAGCUGCCAACCUCUGUCUCAUGGCACACGAAAACCAAACCGACAAUGUACAAGAGAAAAGCAGACCCAAACACCCCUUUUUAUAGUGCCAAAGUAGGCUCCAACGGGCCAAUACAUUAAAGGGGUGAUUGGCUUGAUUUAUGGGAUUGAAUAAAUUUGGGAUCUGCAGGAUAUUGGCUUCCCAUCGAUGUUUAGACUCACCCAUCGCUGGUAAGCCAAAUUUCCUUCAGUUUUGAAGCCAACGGUCACCUACCCAUCGAUGGG